ACUAGUCUUCGCAUUGUUAAGGCGAGAUGUGCAAAGAUUUCAAUAUGAAUUACUGAAUUACUUCCACCGGAAGUGUCAUGGUGCUUCUGAGGGAAGGUCUGUGUCCAGGGCUGAGUGAAGAUCUCCUCAAAGCUCUACGUGAAGAAGAUGUUAGAACAGUCGAGGACCUUGUUUUGUCUGACCCAGAACAACUGGCCCAGAAAUGCUCAGUGUCCUAUAAGGCCUUGGUGGCAGUUCGGCGUGUGCUUCUGGCUCAGCACGCGGCGUUUCCAGUCUCAGGAGCCGACCUGUAUGACGAGCUGCUGAGCUCCACGUCUAUUCUCUCCACAGGAAUCGCCAGUAUGGAUAACCUGCUUGACUCGGGUCUGUACACGGGGGAGAUCACUGAACUGUGUGGAGGACCAGGAACGGGUAAAACACAGACAUGCUUCAGUGUAGCUGUCAACGUUGCACAUGAGCUCAAGCAGAAGGUCAUGUACAUCGACACAAACGGAGGACUAAGCGCUGCCCGGCUGCUUCAGAUGCUCCAGCAGAAAACCGUCAAUACAGCAGAGCAGAUGAAUGCUCUUCAGAGGAUCGGCGUGCUCCGAGUGUUUGACGUCUUCGCCUUAUUGUCCUGCCUUCAAAGUCUAAGAGCCAGCGGUCUCCAGAAGGGAGACGUUGGUGGUUCAGUCAAAGCCGUGAUCGUGGAUUCCGUGUCUGCCGUGCUCUCCCAUAUGCUUGGAGGAAAACAGAAUGAAGGCAUGUCCUUGAUGAUGCAGGUAGCUACAGAGCUGAAGGUGAUCGCCAAAGAUUUUAACGUAGCUGUUCUGGUGACCAAUCACGUGACGCGAGAUGGGAACAAUCAGGUGAAGGCAGGACUGGGGCAGUCAUGGAGUCACGUUCCACGCACACGAAUCCUCCUGCAGCGAGUGGAGCGGCCCGGAGCUUCCUCCAACUUACGCACAGCCGCUCUUCUUAAAUCCUCUCGACAGCCUUGCUACAUGAUGGAGGAGUUUGAUUUGAGCCCACAGUCUCAGGGAGAGUCGUGGCCUGGCUUUGCUGGGAAGAGGAAACUGGACACUGAUUCAUAAGAAGCUGCUAACCUUUUAGGUACCUAACAUAUUUCGAAAAGUCACGACAUGGAAAAUAUAUAUAUAUAUAUAUAUAUAUCUCUGCGUGCUUUCAGUAGGAAAUUCCAGUUUUCUACAGAGAGUACUACAGAAUCGGAGCAUCUUAUGAACAUCAACUUUCGUUCCGAAUCAGUUUAAGUGAAGAAUAAAAACAGGAAGGAAAAAGAAAAUAAAUCAAUCAAUCAACGACCACCCUGAAGUUGACUUAUAGCACACCUUGAAAUGUUUUAUUCCUCUCGUACCACAGCAAUUUACUUGUUCGCAACCCUAUCCUUGUAACUAUUAUUUUUAUAUAUUUUCUCAUAGGAGCGCGUUAAUAUAAACCUUACUGUAGUAGAAAAUAAAUCAGUGCUGUGGUUUAACAUGAUUCAUUAAAUACACCACAAAGAAGGAAUCUGUAAAUGUACGAGUCUUUGCAGUUAUAUGUAGCUAGUUGGGAUAUAGUUGUUUGUUUUUUAAAUACCAAACAUAAACACAUUGAUAAAUGAGCAG